AUGAGUUAUAGAAAGGCUCGUAUUUUAAAAUUAACAAAAUUCUUUUUAAAAAGAAUGGAAUAUUUAGAAAAAAUUAAAAAUUUAGAUUUAAACAAAGGGUUUAUAAAUGUGGAUAAUUAUGGUAUAGAAAACAGAGAUAGAAGUAUAAAUAUUAAUACUUUAGUAAAAGAUAUUAAUUUAAAUGAAAUUAUAAAAAAUUUAUAUAAUACUAAAAAUUAUAAUAAUAUAAAAAUUAUAUUAAAUUCUAUAGAAUUUAAAAAUUUAGAAGGUAUAAAAUUAGAAUUAAAAGGUAGAUUAACUAGACGUUAUAGAGCUGAUAGAUCAUUAUCUAAAAUACGUGUAAAAGGAAUUUUUAAAAGUUCUAAUAAUUUAUCUACGGCUUAUAGAGGAAAUUUUUUUUCUAACUUAGAAUAUUCAAUUGAUAUAUCUAAACGUCGUAUUGGAGCUUUUGCAAUAAAAGGUUGAAUUAGUGGAAAAUAA